AUGAGAUGCUGCGGAGCUGUAGAAAUCCACCACAAGUGUGUAGAUGAGGUUAGCUUAGAGGGCAAAGAAAUCAAAAAUACCAUUGUGAUCACGUUUGCUUUUCAAGUGGUGUUUACCGCGUUCAACGCUUUACAGAAUUUGCACAGUUCGCUGCACGAUGAAGAAAGCCUGGGAAACAUUUCCCUGGCCAUCCUCUACGGGACGGCCAUCUUAUCCAGUAUCUUGUCGCCAACAGUGAUCGGCCUGAUUGGCGCUAAGACAGCUAUCGUGGCUUCGUUUGCCGCACACUGCAUCUAUGUCCUGGCAAACUUUUACCCGUCGUUUACCACCAUGGCUCCAGCAGCCGUAGCUUUAGGCGCCUUCCAUGGGCCAGCUUGGACUUCCCAGGCGCUGUAUAUUUCCGCCUGCGCAUUCUCCUUCUCCAAGUCAUCGUCCGCAUCGCCCUACACCGUCCUUAGCCGGUUCAACGGGUUUUUCUUCGCUGUGUUCGCCACUGCGCAAAUAGUGGGCAACUUGGUGACCAGCACCAUCAUCAGGGAUGGCAUCGCCAAUGACACGGAUGACACCGUCAAGUUCUGCGGACCCCAGGACUGCCCACAUCAUGAGAACUCCACUAUCGAAGACCCAGAAGAAUGGGUCAUCGACAUAACCCUGGGCUUCCUCAUGGCCUGUGCACUGCUGGGACUAGGCCUGGUCAUCUUUUUGUUAUCCCCGCUGCCCCGCAGUGACUGGAUCCAGCGGGUCAGCGUGAGGGACACGGCCACGUCAUGUUUCAAGGUUCUCAUGUCUGUCAACAUGAUGCUGCUGGUUCCUCUGAUCUUCUUCACCGCCGCUGAACACGCCUUCUUGAUUACGGCUUACACCAAGUCUUACGUGGCUUGUCCAAUCGGAAUCCACAUGGUGGGUUAUGUGAUGGCGGUCUACGGGGCGACAACUCCUGCCUUCGUCUACAUCUUCAGUCAUUUGGCCAGGAUUGCCGGCCGUUUCCUGCUUCUGAUGUUGUCUCUUUUGACCCAUAUUUUUCUCUUUAUCGUCCUCUUUCGAUGGACACCCACGGCAGACGAGAAAGCUGUCAUCUUCAUUAUACCAAUCGUCUGGGGUGUCUCAGAGAGUAUUCUUCAAGCACAGGCCAAUGCUCUGAUCGCCAUGUUGUUCCCCACCCAGAAGGAGCCAGCCUUUGCAAACUUCCACGCCUGGAGAAGCCUGGGUUACGCCAUCACGUUCCUGAACGCCAGCUACUUGUGUGUGUCUACCAAACUGAUCGUGUGUAUGACGUUUGCUGGGCUGGGCACUGUGCUCUACGUCAUCCUCGAGUUCAAAUCCAAGAACCACCUUUCCUUUGACCGCGUGGAACUAGCAGACAUCAUCAAUGAAGCCCAGCAAGGCUGGAGGCGUGAUGAGAAGGGCCUAACUCUGGAGAUUAACAAAGUCAUGAGUCUAGAGCACCUGGCAGGCAGCAAGGCCACCAGCUGGCACCACGCAGGACCAAUCAUGUACGACUACAUGGACUCUGUGAAGAGUCGAAGUGUCUCGCGAACCAAUCUUCUGCCACAUUCUAUGUCAGAUGGGCAUCUCUUGUAUGCAGCUGCCAAAGUCGAUGCCGAGCUGGAGAAAAUUCAAAAUGAACGGGUUCAAAAAACUGCUGGAAAGAACAGAAGUAAGUCUGAAUCCUGCUCCAGCAAAAAACACAAUUCCGACACCAACUCUCAUUCGUUUUACGCCAUUCCGGAAGUGUCUUAUGAAGAUGAGUGCCCCAUGAAGACAGGAGAACGAUUCUUCCUUCCUGAUGCAGAUGAUGACAGUAGCUCUUCCAACAACCAGGAAGACGAUAUUGAUGAAGAUGAGGCCCAGAGGAUUAGGGAUUAUAGGAAAGUCAUACGACGUCUCAGCGAGACACCAGCCAACGAAAGUUUUACUAUGAAUAACAUGGAGAUAGAAACUGUAGACGAAGAGUCUUUGGCUUCUGCUGGUCUAGACAAUCCCGCUUUUGAGUCCGAGGAGAAUGACUUCAAUGCUGAUGGUGAUAUAGUGUUUACUCUAGGAGCCACUUCGCCGUCAAUCAAUGGUGGGGCUACCUUUUUUGAAUCUGAUGACUGCGCUAUCCAAAACUAUGGAGUCAAAACUAGGCCAGGAGACACAAACAGUUUCUCUGGAAUCAACAGGCUGAUGUCUGAUGACCAAGGUUAUCUGAGCGCCAAUGGAAGCGACAUGUGUUCACCAGUUGACAGCGUCAACAAAUCAUUAAAGAGCGUCUUAAAUACGACUUCCCCAAAAAGUACAAAGAAAAACAGCAAAGACAAACGAUUCCGCGUGUUUAAAGGUCUUCGAAACUCCAAAAAGAGAGACAAAGAAGGAAAGUGCAAUAGUGAAAGUGUAUCGAUGAAUGACAAAGCCCAGAGCGGUGGCAACGACAACGACGAGCAGGAUAAUCAUUCAGAUGCGGAUAGUGAUGGAUUUGUUGAUGAAGAACUUGAUAACAAUAAAUCUUCAGUGGCCUUUGAUAUUACUGAUGUUGAUAAAACCAAGAAAAAAGGGUUCAUUCCAAUUAACGAAACGGAAGAUGUUAACUGUAUAUAUUAA